UAGAAAUCAGUUUGGCAGCACGCCCUCCUUUCCCUUCCUCUUCCACAUGACUUGGAGCCAUAAAUUUGGAUCACCCCCAUCACAUUUUGGGUCAGCUGCCCACCACAGUCCAGGCUGCCCCCCCGCCCCUGCUCCUUUGCCGCCAUCCCCCAACCGCACAAAUGCAGGGAGGAGAGCGCGAAGGCCAGUUGGUAAAGCAAAGCGAGAGGAGCCAGUCUUGCAGCAGUAAUUGGUGAGGAAGUGGGCUGCUCAGAUGCGCCAGCUCCUCUCGCCCUGUCUCCUCCUGCCCCCCCUCCCAGUCAGUGGGACGUCAGUUUGGUUGCUUCCAUCUGAUCCAUCCCACCCAGCCACCUCCCUGGCUCUCCCACUUUUUUCCCAGUGUCCGUCACCAUCGGAGCUGACCUCAGACAGGUGUGGAGCCCUGACAAAAGACCCCCAUCUACUUUUUUUUUUCAAAUGAUACCGUUUCAAACCCUUGGACAUGGGAUUAACGUGUGAAAGGAUACUGGGAUACCAGCAUCAGAGGCAGCGCUAGUCCUGGGAAUGUUUGCCCGGAGACGACUACAGCUAUUUGCCUGAUGCGUUGCCUCCUGUACCUGAAGUCCCGGACUCCGGCUCAGUCCUGAGCUCCAGCGACAUCCCCAACCGUUGCCUCCGCAACACUGCCUUCCGUUACGCGUCCUUGCGCUAUUGCUCAGCCCACAGCAUGGACUCCUCUCCUGACAACACCGAAAGGCCCGUCAGCUACAGCUCCACCUCUUCCUCUGCUUCCUCCCGGGACAGUCACUGCUCGCUGGGCAGCCGCUCCACCCUCGUCCACACCCCACAUUGUAACCCCGUGAACUCCGACCAGGACUCAGGGGCAAUACGUUUGGAGCUUGUUCCCGCCCGGCAGCUAGAAUGUGGACAGGAGGACCAUAAAGAUGAUGGAGGGAUGGAAACAGGAAGACAACCGGCGAGGAAGGGCACUGAACAGAUGACGACAGAUCACUCAGAACCAGAACUGGGUCUCGACGGGGGUGUGGAGAAGAUCGGUCAGGUGCAAGGACCCAGGACCUAUGUGGAUCGUGUGGUGCAGGAGAUACUGGACACGGAGAGAACCUACGUCCAGGACCUGAGAAGCAUUGUGGAAGACUACCUGGAGAGUAUCAGCAAGCAGACUCGGCUCGGUUUGAGCGCCGAGGACAGAGGCUCUCUGUUUGGCAACAUCCGGGACAUCUACCACUUCAACAGGGAUUUGCUGCACGACCUGGAAAAGUGCAACGCGGACCCCGUGGCGAUCGCUGAAUGUUUCGUUUCAAAGAGUGAGGAAUUCCACAUUUACACCCAGUACUGCACCAAUUACCCAAGGUCGGUGGCUGUGCUCACCGAGUGCAUGAGGAACAAGGCGUUGGCCAAGUUUUUCCGCGAGUGCCAGGAAUCUCUGUGCCACUCCUUGCCUCUGGGCUCCUAUCUGCUGAAGCCGGUGCAGAGGAUCCUCAAGUACCAUCUGCUGCUCCACGAGAUAGCCAACCAUAUGGAGAAGGACACAGAAACGUACGAGGUUGUGCAGGAGGCCAUAGACACCAUGCAGAGAGUGGCUUGGCACAUCAACGACAUGAAGAGGAAGCACGAGCAUGCUGUUAGGCUGCAGGAAAUCCAGAGUUUAUUAACGAACUGGAAAGGCCCCGAUCUGAUUGGCUACGGAGAGCUGGUCCUCGAAGGAACGUUUCGUCUGCAGCGAGCCAAGAACGAGAGAACUCUCUUCCUAUUCGACAAGCUCCUGCUUAUCACCAAGAAACGAGAAGAAGCCUUCACGUACAAGGCUCACAUCCUGUGCUGCAACCUAAUGCUUGUGGAAGUCAUCCCUAAAGAGCAGCUGAGUUUCAGCGUCUUUCACUACAAAAACCCCAAACUACAGCACACAGUCCAGGCCAAGUCCCAGCAAGAUAAGCGCAUGUGGAUCUUACACCUCAAGAGACUCAUACUUGAAAAUCACCCCGCCAAAAUCCCUGCCAAGGCCAAACAAGCCAUCCUGGAGAUGGAUGCAAUGCACCAUCCUGGAUUUCAUUAUAGCCCCGAUGGUGACAAGAAGGAUUCCCCGCAGACCAAAGAGGGCCCCAGCCCUCGUAGAGGGCGCAGAAAAGAACCGCUGUCAAAAUUACUGAAGAAUGCCAAGCAAAAUGCAGCCAACGCCGACGGAGAAAAGCGAACAAGUUUGGGCGCGACCCUGCUUUCUCCGGUGUCCCAGCUGGCUCUGGGCACAAUAGGCCGCAGCCGCAGCCUCAUCAACCAAUCGCAGGAGUCUUUGGACCCCGGUGACCACUACGAUCACAGCGAUCGAGAGGACGGGGAGGAGCCACACCAGCAAGAUGCUGACGACGAGGACGACAGCGGCCCGGGUGGUGGGAAGAGGUUGCGAGUCCCAGGCAAAAGCAGCCGUAAGAGGCUGAACCCUCAAGCGUCCGUGGACAGUAUAGAGCAGUGGAAAACCUUCAACAUGAGCGCUUCAGAUCUUCAGAGAGCCAGAGAGUCCCUUGUAAGGGACGGAAGUCACCACCCGCCACUCCGUAGGGCUGCUCGCGUGACAGAAGAACCUCCAGAGUCCCCAAUUCCGUCCGUAGUUGUGACAGAGAGUGAUCAUUCCGUUCGAAACAUCUGGGCAGAUCAUCGGGCUCGCAGGGCCAUGUUCCCCACCAGACAGCGAACCAUGCAGCCCGACGACGACGAAGAGGACAUCUACCAGAUGUUUGUUCCUACGGAGCCGAGCGGACCAGAACCGGAGUUGCCCUCGGAGAGAUCAGAGGCUCCCUCGUCUCCGAGGACGGCGCGGCCUUGCAGCUGGCAUGUGGAUCAGCUCCCCUCCGUGCAGGUUGAACCUCCGUCCGUCGACAGCAGGGUUUUGCGAAGAGCAAGCAGCGUAGGUGAGAGCACCACGGAGGCUCGGAAAAGUCCAGAUGACGACCAGGCCGGUCACAACCUGGAAGUAAUUCACACAGAGUCCUCCAGCAACGACAUAUCGGGAUCCUCGUCGGCCGAGCAGCUGACGAUGGAUGACGUUGAAAAUGUGUAUGACAACAUUAGCUAUGAAGACCUCAAGAGAAUGGGCCUUAUCAGAAGAGAUUCGGAUGAAUGCCAGCCACGGAAAGAACAGUCUUCUAUUCAGAGCCAAGCACCUGGGACAUCGAAUGCACCAGAUGCCCCGGGCAUCUCAGAGACUAUCAUUAAAUUAGACAGCAGUGCCAGUGAACACAAACAGUUAUCCACCCAAGAAGGGAUACAGGCAGAGACUCGAGAGCUCAAGAUAGUCGAGGAGAAUAUCUAUGACACCAUUUGUUUUCUGGAGUCUCCAUUGGUAGAUGUACAGGGAAUCAACGUAGGUAAUAAGGCAGAUCCCCAGAGAGUCAUUCUAAUGCCAUCUGAGCAAGACUUAAGCGGAAGUGUUAAAGAGUUCGUCUCGCAGGAAAGCCUUCAGUUUGGAGACACCCUCCACACUGUCCAGUGUUCCUCAGAGCCAGAGUACUUCUCAUCAUCUGCUUCGUUGGCGUCACAGCAGUCACAGAAAGGGGAUAAAAUGUCCGAGCAUGUUGACGAACUCUGGAAUGACUUGGAGAAUUACAUCAGGGACAAUGAGAAGAAAGCAGACAGGCUGCCCGCUGCUUUCCCAGUGAGUACCAAUGAAUCAGCCAAGCGGUCAUCCUCGGUCAAAGGCAGUCCCACAAAAAAGCCUCCGAAAGGCACUAAAGCGACUAAGAGUCCCCCUGCACAUCAAACUAAACACCCCCCCGUGCGAUCAUCACAAUCAUUCAACAUCCCGGUCAUCAACCUCCCUGACCUCCAAAGUGACGGAACCACAGAAGACGAAAGUCCAAGUCCAGGUCCCACUUUGCAACAACCCCUUCCAGCCAUGCCAGAGCCACCACCUGGCACGGUACGUAACAUGCGUAACAGACUGGCCCGCCUCAGCAGUGGAAGCUUCCGGCUCGAAGACGACGAUCUGGUUGAACUUCCUCCCAAAGCCCCUCCUCAGAGAGAGAACCCCAUCAAGGAUAUCCAUAGUUUGUUCCCGGGCCAACUGGCGGGUCUGGACCCGCCUCUGGCUUCUUCCUCUCUCCUCCUGGGCGAGUCUGUAGACUUCCCCCUGGAACUUAUGGACAAAACCAAGAGUCGUGUCUUUUUGAUGGCGCGGCAGUAUAGCCAAAAGAUAAAGAAAGCCAACCAGCUGCUGCGCAUGAGGAGCAUGGAUCCCGGAGAUUCUUGCAGUCGGGCGAGAGCCGACAAAAGACAGAAAGACCUGGCGGCCAUCCUGGAGGAAAAAAAACAGGGCGGAGCCGCUAUAGGUGCAAGGAUAGCCGAGUAUUCCCAGCUCUACGAACAAGUCGUGUUCAGGGAUUCUUCCACGAGCGCACACCACACUCAUCCAGGUCUUUCCUCUUCUCCCUCCAUGCCUGAGACCUCCCUGGAGGAGGAAUGGCUCCACUCAACCUACAGCAACGGCGAGCUGUCCAGCUUUGUGUGUUCCACCGGCGACCUGCGCAAUAUGCGGGCUUCUUCGACGCCUCAGCGCAGACUCACGUCUUCCUGCUCCAUCCCGUCUCUUAAGACCACCCCGGCCUCACCGAGCAGCCCGCCAUCCCAGAGGUGGAGCUCCUGUUUAUCGGCGCCGAUCGAGAAAGAAGAGCACGUCUACAGUACCAUCAAGCGACAUCCUUCCUUCAACGCACCGUCCUCCCCAUCUAGGAACUGUCAGUCCACCAGCUCUCUAACUAGCCAGCAGCCAGAGAAAAACAACCAGUCAGGACUCGAAUGUAACGGAUCUACUGUGGACGGGUCCACAGAAAGACUCCACGGUCCCAGUUUGGGUCGUGCCGGCCGGCAGAGUAGCCUCCCAGAGAGGUCUACCCAAGGAGAGUCGGACCUCACCUUACACGACGGCCAACACGUGGUGGUCCUGAACCGAGCGUCUGCCCUGAGCAUCCUCACCGCCACCCAGAACUACUUUGCCAACUUUAAGGACGACGGCGAGGACGACGACGACUACGUGGAGAUCCGCUCGGAAGAUGAAGCGGAACCGGAUCAGGGCAGGUCGGCGCGGCAGGGCGGCGCCUCAGCGGCCGGAUGCGCCUACCAAAACCGGGGUCUCGUCCAUUCGCGGAGUUUGCCCUGCACGCCCGUUCACUCCAGCGACACGCUGAGAUCUCUGGAACGCGAGCAUCUGGAGAAAUACUUAUGGAGCGAACCACAGCAGAGCCAGCCCAAGAUCGUCCAGUCUCUUCGGGAAAAGUUCCAAUGUCUGAGCUCCAGUAGCUUCGCUUGAAUUGGGCUCAGGACCGCAACCUAAAUACAUAAAUAUAUCGACACGCAGUACUACAUCCGUGCUAAUUACAACAAAAGGGGAUCUUGCUACUACCGACAGUUUACCGACCGUUUACUCCAUUAACAAAAGGGAAUAGAACGUUCUACAAUAAGCCAAAAUAGAUAUUUUCUAACAUAUGCAAAUACCUCUAUUUUACGUAACAGGCUUCAAAGUGAAAUACGUGUCGUUAGAGAUGACCGACGGCGCUUUAACUCGUGCUUGCAAGCUGCUUUAAGCACUUCCAGUCUUCACAUGAAGUAAUCACAAUUCUACAAAUGGGGGUGUUAUUGAUUAAUAAAUGGUUGGAUCAUGUCAGAGACUAAACCAGGCAAGAUCUGAUGAUCUUUUGGAGGACCUUGUCUGGCCGACCUCUUAUCUUUAUCUAGUAUAUUUUCAGCACCUAGACGACACACCUUAAAAAAUUGUUUAAAAUUGUGCUCACGGCAUUAAACACUUUAGAAUGUUGCACGUUUGCAGAAUGCUUGUAUUCAGGCUAUGCGGUCUCUUUGCACACGUUCACAUUUUAGCAAUAACCGUAACAUAAAUAAGGCAAAAUAACAUGUUGGCAAUUUCAAAUAUAAGACUCAAACCUUUUAAUCUCCUCACCAAAACAUUAACACCAAUUAUUUGUGCUUGAUAACAAUAAAAACUCGCUGAUAUUUUUUCAUCAUCAAUAAGAAACUUAAGGCUUUGUAUUUAUUUUUGAACAUUUGAGCAAAUUUAAUGGUGCAUACGAUGUACGUAGAUGAACCUCAAAGUGGAUUUUAUUUUUUUUCCUCUAAUUGCAAAUUAUAUUCCGGGACCAUAAUGGCUCGCAUUGAAAAUUGUUGGUUUAAAGACUAGAGAAAUGUAAAACUAGGGAUGGGCAUUGUAAUUAAGAUGUGGAAUUAAUUGUGGAUUAAGUUGUGUUCAAUCUGUUCAAUGCAUGACAUCAGCUUUAGGAGGUUUAAUAAAAUUCAAGCAUAUUUAAUACCACAUUGGCAGAGAAACAGGAGUUCAGAGUCCAUCCAUGUCCAAUAUAUUAUUUUUUUUAAUCGACAAUUGAUGAACAAUGUUCCCCAAAGUCAAUGUAUUAUAUUAUAUGUAUACAAAUACCCAUCUCUAUUGUACGUGGCGUUUUACUUCAAAAAAAAAAAAAAAAAAUUUUCCAGACAAAUGUAUCACACUACUGAUUAUACAUCUUUAGUUUCAGGGAGGUGUCGAGUUAAAGGUUUGUCUCGGUAUGUUUUAUAUAGCGGCAACUUUAGUACAAACUGCGCAAAUCGUAUUUAUUCCAAAGCAUCCUUUUUUGAUCUUUUAUGACUAUUCGUGCAAAAGGCAGGUCCAUUAACAGGUUGUAAAUGAAAGACUGUUGUAUUUAUUAAAAAGAUUAUUCAGAUAUUUUUGGGGGUGUUCAUUCGCCAAAUUCAAAUCAAAUACUGUGAAUUGGUAGCUUCCUUUUUUUUUUUAAUGCACUGCUUCACGCAAGUUCCAAAUGUAAAGUUAAAAAGCACUACAUCAUGGUCUACUGUUCAUAUCAAGACACAUGCAUUAAAAAAACAAGUUAGUAAUAUGAAGUAUGUUGUUUUUGUUUCAUUGUACAUGUUUUUUGUCCUUGGCUUCACUGGUUGGGAUUAUAAGUCUUCAUUGAACCUUUUUUUUUUUUUUUUUUUUGCACUUUUCUUCAAAGGUCUACUUUGUAAACUGUAAAGAUGUACAUUUUAGGGAAGUUAUUCUUGUAUGCCAUAGUAUGCUUUACAGUGCUUCAAUGUUUAGGUCAAGUGUACUGUAUUUUUUUAAACGGCCUAGUUGUCAUUGCUCGACAAAAUGUAUUGCAGGUAAUAAAUUUAAAUCCAAACUA